AUGGAUAGUGAUUACAUUGUUGACAGUUUGGACACUGGAAGUUUAGAACAUUUAAAUUACAAAAACAAAAAUAAGACGUCGGUCAAAGAUGAUUAUGAAAAGAAAGUUGAUGGUUAUAUUGAAAGUAUUUCUACCAACUUCAAUACAAUAAAUAAAAUAAAAAAAAAGUGUCCGUUAUAUGCAGUAGGUAACUUUCCAACAGAUGAGUCUCAAAAAUGUGCCGCCUGUGAUACUCCAGUUCAUACAUUGUCUACAUGUUCAGUUUAUAGACCUGGUCAGAGUGGAACAACUCUUGUAUGUUUGACAUGUUCUCAUGAUGUCCUCUUUGCUGAUGAUUUGACAAAAGAAAAUAAAUGUAUUAAUCUUGAAGAUGCAGUAGACAAAAAUUACGGUACAGACGUUGAGCAACAGGUCCAAGUAUGUUUAGAUGAUGUGCCUCUAGUGAUAACUAUAAGCAACGUAAAGUAUGAACUGAAGGGUAUAUGUUCACACAGCCACGGGAUGAGUAGAUUAAGGCAAAGAAUUGGACAUUAUCAAUCUUACUGCAAGCGGACCUAUACAACCAACUGGGAACUUUAUGAUGACUUAAAAUCUAAACCUAUGCCAGUUAAAGCUAACACAAGGGUACCUUGCGAAUUUUUAGUUUACACAAUCUAA